CAGUCUCGUCGUGCCAUGUGACUGGAGGCUGGGCACUAAACAGCGGGCUGGCUUGAGACGGAGGGCUAGGAUUGUCUCGCUCUGUAAAAGAUUUACUAUGCCGUGCAAUUUGUUGGACGUCUGUGAAUACGAAACCAAUAAACUUGUCAGAAUAAAAAGCACUAAACUGGGCUCGCUGAAAUGGACUGUAAACGGGGUCAUAUUGAUGUUUAUUUGCAUUAUGAUGUUCUGGAAUAAGGAGUAUCAGGAGCAUGACCGUGUGGUCAGUUCUGUUACUACAAAGGUGAAGGGGGCUGCGCUAACCCAGGUGCCUGGCGUUGGGGAAAUGCUGUGGGAUGUUGUGGACUACAGUGGGCCAUUCCAGGAAAAAAACUCAUUUUUUGUGGUGACCAAUGUUGUGAUCACAAAAAAACAAAGACAAGGAAAAUGUCCAGAGGUUCCACCAUAUGGGAAAGUGUGCCACACAGAUAAAGACUGCCAAAAGGGACACUGGGAACAGCACAGCCAUGGAGUUCAAACAGGACUCUGUGUGAAAAAUGACCUCACAGGAAAAACCUGUGAAGUGGAUGCUUGGUGUCCUAUUGAGAAUAAGAAAAAGACCCCCAGGCCUGCACUUUUGGAAUCAGCAGAAAAUUUCACCGUACUUAUCAAGAACAACAUCAGAUUUCCAGCUUUUAGCUACAUAAGGAGGAAUAUUCUGCCUGAAAUGACAGACAAGUACCUGAAGAGCUGCACCUUCAACAGACUAAGUGACCCGUUCUGCCCCAAAUUCCGCCUGGGUGACAUUGUGCGGGAAGCCAAGGAGAACUUCUCUGAAAUGGCAGUGGAGGGGGGAGUCAUUGGGAUCCAGAUAAAUUGGAAAUGUAACCUGGACCGGCUGUUCCACAGGUGUCUGCCCACAUACUCAUUUCGCAGGUUGGACGAGAAGGAGAGCAACCGCACCCUGUACCCUGGGCUUAAUUUAAGGUUUGCAAGGUAUUACAGAGAGAAUGGAGUGGACGAGAGGACACUGUUUAAAGCGCAUGGGAUCAGGUUUGAUGUUAUGGUGUUUGGGAAGGCAGGUAAAUUCAGUAUAAUCCAGCUGAUCAUAUACAUUGGAUCGACUCUCUCUUAUUAUGCAUUGACCACCAUAUUGAUUGAUUGGCUCAUCACUACUAGCUGCUAUGCCCAAGAGGCCAAGCAGAAUUAUUCAGAAAGGAAGUUUGAAUUAGUCCGGGACAGAAGGCAGGGUUUGCUUUGUGUCUCUUUUGUGGAUGAGCCUCAUGUGAGGGUGGUAAAAAAACCACAGAAGAAGAGAUUACAGGAGGCUAGGCCUAUCUCCUGCCAUACCCGAAAGGAUGGGGCAGUGAGCAUGAGGGCGCUGGCGAGUGUGGUGCAGACCCCCCCUGGGCGUGGCCCUGAAAUGGAGCUGAUGGAGGUGGUCGAGCCCAACCGUCCAACCUGGUGCCUCUGCAGUCACUGCGCCCCCCGCCCCGCCCCCCAGGAGCAGCUGUGCUGCCGGCAAAGCCAGGGCCCCUGCAUCACGACCUCGGCCGCCUUCCCUCGCCUGGUGCUGAGUCGUCCCGUCCUGGAAUCCACCCUCCUGUACAGGGAGCCCCUCACGGGCCUCCCCAAGGGGGACUCCACCCGCCCGCUCCGCCACUGUGCCUACCACCUCUACAUUGACUGGCGUUUCGGGGGCGCCCAGGGAGACGCUUGCCCGGUCAUCCCCAGCUGCUGUGUGCAGCGAAUAAGGAGCCAGUACCCAAACCAGGAUGGGCGCUACAGUGGUCUGCAGGCUAAGAGCUACAGGCCGCCGACCCACUCAUUUUCUGAUACAAUGCUUUGAGAGCGCGACAGCACAACUCAGCACAAUUCAAAGGGAGUCGGAGUUUCAGAAGACUCCCUCAUUCAGUCAUUCUCUGGUGUAAUGUCAGUAUUUAAAGGCAUAUAGUGGCAUUAAAUUGUAUUACCUUUUCCCAUUAACUAAUACAUGCACUGAAUAUGUGUAUUGCAUACACAUAGUAUACAGAUUUUGUCUUGUACAUUUCGCUGGCCUUCAGAAAUGUAUAAUUUUCUAACAUUCACAUUUUACACUUUUUCAUUGUUUAUGAAGACUUAUUCUGUGGAAUGGUCCGAGUUUGCACACUCACUUGAAUCAGAUUUUAUCAUUGCUAUUUAUUUUAUUGU